CUCCACACACACACCUCACACCUGCGCAUCUUCCUCCGUCGGGACUCGGGAGCUGCCUUCGGAAGUCUCGCUCGGACAACAUCUGCCCCGAGGAGCUCGAGCAGGAGACCAGCACUGACCAGAUGAAGAUCAUCCCGGUCGCUUGCCUGGAGGACAACUAUGCCUACCUAAUCGUGGACGAGAGCACCAGGUCGGCGGCGGCCGUCGACCCCGUGGAGCCGGAGAAGGUGCUCGCGGCGGCCGCAGAGGUCGGCGCUCGCAUCGAUUUCGUCCUCACCACGCACCAUCACUGGGAUCAUGCUGGUGGCAAUGAAAAGAUGGCGCAGUCAGUGCCAGGGGUUAAGGUCUAUGGAGGAUCCCUGGACAACGUGAAAGGCUGCACUGACCAAGUGGAGAAUGGAAUCAAAUUGUCCCUUGGGAAAGACAUUGAGAUACUAUGCCUACACACCCCAUGCCACACAAAAGGACAUAUCAGCUACUAUGUCACUAGUAAAGAGGAGGAAGAUCCAGCAGUGUUUACUGGAGACACCUUGUUCAUUGCUGGCUGUGGGAGGUUUUUUGAGGGUACUGCUGAGCAAAUGUAUCAGUCCCUUUGUGUAACACUGGGCUCGCUGCCUAAGCCAACUCGAGUUUAUUGUGGGCAUGAGUACACUGCUAAGAACCUGAAAUUCAUACUGACUGUAGAACCAGAGAAUGAAAAAGUGAAGCAGAAAUUGGAAUGGGCUCAAAAGCAGCGUGAAGCAAACCAACCAACUGUUCCAUCAACCAUAGGAGAGGAAUUCGAGAUAAAUACCUUCAUGCGUGUUGAUCUGCCAGAAAUACAGGCAAAGUUUGGUGCCAAGUCACCAGUUGACGCAAUGAGAGAAGUUAGGAAGACAAAGGAUAACUGGAAAGGUUGAUUCCAGUGCAACUGGUACUCUUCUUCUGACGGUCUGGCCUCUCGAAGUUCGCUAAUGCAGAAAGCUUGCCCUGUAGGUGAGUCCUUCUGCCGUGCAACGCUUUAAGAUGGUGGUGUACUGGUGUUGGGAAGAGUUUUAAGCUAUAUAAAUAAAUAAGCUCCAUGUUAAUGCUCAAGGAGACAACUGUGUGCAUGUUAAUACUGGUUUAUCUAUCACUGUACUACAUGAACUACAUAUGAAUUUCAGAGUUGUCUUGUAAACUCUGAGAAGUUGAAAACGA